AUGAGAGGAGCAAAGCAAUCUAUGAUUUUUUCGAUAAAGCAAUUUCAAGAAAUGAUGAAGAUUAUUGAGAACUACCGAAGCCCAAAGGCAAAUGAUCCAAAUCAUCCUAAAAACUUUGACCUUUCUUUUGAUGUUUCAAAGGGCUAGGUACUUUUUACAGGAGAACGAGUGACAUAGGUACCUGAUGAAGAAGAUUAAAUAACCAAGGAAUAAAAAAGUGCCUAAAAAAAGAUUGAAAUUUAGAACAAGCUUUAAUUUAGUUUCAAUGAAAUAUCUGAUAAAUUCAACCAAUAGGAUAAAAAAUUAGCUCAUUUAAUGGCUUAAAGAAAAUCAAUGAGAAGAGUGUCUAAGGAUUAUUCUGUAGUGUUGCAAGAUAAAAUUGAAAAGCAUCUACCUAAAAAUGAUUAUUUUAGAAAUCUAGAACUAAAGGGCAGUAAAUUUCUGAAAUUUUUUAGAUAACAAAAUGAGGUUCAUGCUGAUAACAAAGAAAGAUCUACUAAUAUAGUAAGGCAUCUUGAUUAUCAAGCUAUCAAAAAGUAGAGAUUUAGAUACUCAGAUGCUUAGUUAAAAGAACCAGAAAUUAGAAUAAGCAAAAAUCUUUUAGUUAGUUUGGGCUAGUUAUCUGUACUAGAUUUUAAAAGUCAAGGAUAGAAUAAAUCUGUUUUAGAUAGAGGAGGAAUAAAACUAAAUAAUACAAGUGAAUUAAACAUUUCGAAAACAAGGAACAAUGACUAUGAUUAGAUAAUGAACCAAAGUAAUUUAAAUGAUUUCAAAAGUGAUGAUAAAUAUGGUGAUUAGUUGUCUAACAGAUUUGAUAACUCUCAAAACCUAUUAUUUGAUACCUCUUAGAAUCAAUCUUAAAUAGAUUACUCUUUAGUUAACUCAUAAAUCAACAUUUAGAAAUCAACCACGAAUGUCUCAGUAAAGUAAAAGCUUCUAUAAAGCACUAAUUCUAAGAGUUCAAAGCUGAAUACUUAGAGAUAAGUGGAUAAGUCUAUCUUCAAAUUCGCUUUUAAUGAGGAUAAAAGUAUGCAGAGGAUCUAUGACAAGUUGUCUAUUACAUAGCAGGAAAUAUCACCCUUUUUCGUUGAUGAUGAAAAGAUGAAACUUAUUCUGAAUCCAAAGGUGAGAGAACUACCAGUAAUAGAUAAUAAAGACUCCAAGAAAUCAAUUAGUUUGUAAAGGCUAAGCCUAUAAGUAAAUAAACUUAAAGCACUUAGUGAAUUAAAAAGGUAGAAAACAAUAGAAAAGUAAAAGUAGAAGACACUAAAUUAGUCCUAGUUAGCAUAGUAAAAUUACCCAAUAAAUUCCAGAAAUAGCAUGUUUGAGUUAGAUCUAGAUGCCAAGACAGAGGAGGAUUCAAUUGAAAAUUCAAAGGUAAAUACUACCAGAUAGAUAAAUCCAGUGGUAAAGAGAAAGUUUAACAGAAGUCAGGAUGUAAGCUCUAACUACAAGCAGAAGGAUAUAACAGCUUUGGUUUUUCCAGAUUGGCAAGAUAGUGCUAUUUAGAACACUAACAUUCAAAAAUGCAAGAAUAAACUAGACAAAAUUAUUGAAGACUCUAAGGUAAUGAGAAAACAGAAACUUCAGGAAAAAUAAAGCUUAAAGAGUCUAAGGAGAGGCAUGAGACAAUUUGAAAUUGAAAAAGAAAAGCUUUUUGAAAAGAUUCUAAUGGAUAGAGUAAGAGAUCAGUUCUCAGACCUGAAAGAUGAAGAAAUGGGAGCAACUGGAUUCAAGAGCAGUGGCGGUUUUGAUUAAAUUUGGCAAAGCUAAAAUUUUCAAGAGCGGAAGUAAUCUUCUGUUAAUAGAAGAAAUAAAUCCCCAAGCUUUAAAUCAAAUAGAGACAAUGGGAAAAAUAUAAAUAAAUCUAUAACAGAUGAACCACAUUAGUAUGUGCUUCAAAUUCUCUCAAAGUACGAUAAGACUUUUGAUAAAAAAGUAAAGGUGUGGCAAAUUAAUGAGCUUUUGAGCACCAAUUAUUAGGACUAGAGACAAGAUUUUUUCGCUCUUAAAAAGAAAUUUUUGUGA